CCGACGACAGCUCCUGCGGACUGCGGCGAGCAGCCUAGCUCUCUGCCCCACCACCGUGUUGUGUCGUUUUGCGCGCUGCUUCCAGGACAAGCAAUGCGCGCCAGUUCGACCCAAAAGGCCUACGACGAGGCCUUCCUCGCCUGCUCGACGGCCGUCUACUUCGAAUCGCAGAGCAACGAAGCCGAAGCGCUGCGCUCGUGGCGGACCGCACUCGACCAAAUCACCUACCACAAUGCUCACCGCGGGCCCUCGCUGGUCCGCCCGGCAUCGUCGACCGAGCAGGCCCUCGUAGAGUCGCUGCGCCAGCUCGAGCUGCAGUGCAAAGAGCGCGUGGACCUGCUCGAGACACUGAAGCGCAGCCGCCAAGAGAGCGCCGACACGCUCACCUCCCCUCCCACCGAUGCGAAGGCCCCUACGCCGCCUCCACACGGCGCAGGCACGCUGCCCGUGCAAGCGGAGCCCAAUGGCGCCUCCAGCUGGCUGGGCGGUGGCACCAUCCCGCCCGUUGACUACAACGACCUCUCGCGGCCGCCGCCCCUGCCCAAGCGCCCGUCGCUCGCCCCCCGAAAGAGCUCCGGUACUGCAUCCAUGCGGACACUGACCCAGGCCGCAAGCAAAUCUGCUUUGGCGGCCCCAGCGACGACUCGCCCCAGGGACUCGCGGACACCUUCCCCAGAGAAGAAGGGACGCAUGUUGAGGACAUUGCGGCCAGGGAGAGAGACCAAGUCGUCGUCAUCUUCGAAGCUUCCGAUGUCGAUGAGGUCCCAGCCUCCGGAUGCUGCCAAAGCAGCGACCCAGGCGUGGGGAUUCAACACAAACUCUGGCAAACUAGCAAAGACAUCCGGUACAUCACCAUACGUCUCUUCGAGCCGGCCCUCUCUAGAAACACCCAGCUCCUCGCUGGAAACAACGACUCCAUCUCUAUCAACUUACGGGAACGACGCAGCCCAACCGCAGCAGUCUCCGUAUUCUCAUUCUACAGAUACCUUGGUUUCUCCAGCUUAUAAUCCGGCCCCGGUGAACAAUCGAAAUGACCCAGAGCAAGCUUUGAAUUUACCACGUCUGCCUCGCAAAAGCGUACCUUCUUCCUCUGUCCCUAGACAUUCAUUCGAUACAGGUCGCUCUCAUAGCUUCCAGGCGAGUGCUCCGGUUCCAAUGAUGCCCUCGUAUCGCAAUGAGUACCCAGAGCCAACACUGAGUAACCGCGCCCUGGCUGCGUCCGCAGCCGCAAAGUUAUCUUGGCCUGACAACUCUACGAAAUCUGUCCCACCGAAUCCUCGACCAUCUCAGCAGCUAGGUCGCGACAAUAAUAUUGACAGUCGAGCUCGACGACCACGAAAAGAUCCCCCUGAACCCAUCGCGGUCGAGACUGAUGACAACGAAACGAAGACAAGACCACCACCACGGAGAAAAGGCAAAGCGAAAGCGAAUACGGCUCGGGCAGACCUUCCUCCGACACCAUCAUCUGAGGUUGGGGAUUCCGAUGAGCCAGAGCACGACUCGGAUGAAUGGAAAGAAAAGUGUCGCACCAUCAUGAAAUCUCUACCGCGCGGUGUAGAUGAGGCAGCUGCUAAGCAAAUCCUGAAUGAGAUCGUCAUUCAAGGAGAUGAGGUGCAUUGGAGCGAUGUUGCUGGGCUCGACAUAGCCAAGUCCGCCUUGAAGGAAACUGUCGUUUACCCUUUCUUACGCCCUGAUCUCUUCAUGGGCCUACGAGAGCCUGCUCGUGGCAUGCUCCUCUUCGGUCCUCCAGGUACCGGUAAGACAAUGCUUGCGCGAGCUGUCGCCACAGAGUCGCAUUCUACGUUCUUUGCCAUUUCUGCAAGCAGCUUGACGUCCAAAUUCCUGGGUGAGUCGGAGAAGCUUGUACGUGCCCUCUUUGCGCUCGCAAAGAUGCUUGCACCAUCCAUCAUUUUCAUCGAUGAAAUCGACUCACUCUUGUCCUCCCGGUCCGGCUCUGGCGAGCAUGAAGCCACGCGACGCAUCAAGACGGAGUUCCUUAUCCAGUGGUCUGAUCUCGCGAAAGCCGCCGCGGGGAAGGAGCAGACGGACAAGGAUAAAGAAAGAGGCGAUGCGACACGUGUGCUCGUCCUCGCAGCGACGAAUCUUCCUUGGGCCAUUGACGAGGCCGCACGGAGGCGUUUUGUGCGAAGACAAUAUAUCCCUUUGCCUGAAGGCCAUGUCCGGAAAAGCCAAGUCCAGACCCUCAUGAGCCAUCAAAAGCAUGAGCUCAGUGACGCGGAUCUGGACCGCUUGGUACAGCUUACAGAUGGCUUCUCAGGCUCCGACAUCACGGCGCUCGCCAAAGACGCGGCCAUGGGCCCACUGCGCUCACUCGGCGAGAAACUACUGCACAUGACCAUGGACGAGAUAAGGCCGAUAGGAUUCGAGGACUUUCAGGCGAGCUUGCAAACUAUCAGACCAAGUGUCAGCGGGCAGGGUUUGAAAGAGUACGAGGAUUGGGCAAGAGAGUUUGGGGAGAGGGGGGGGUAAAAUAGAGCGGAUCGGCUGUGGCUAUAUCUGGACACACUGGGAAUGGAGUUCUCUCGAAUCGUAAUGAACAUGUUAUGGGUGCACGACAUUCAGUUUCGUGUGCGCAAUUAAACGCACUCAUAAACCUGGAACUGCAAUAACAAGCCACAGCUCUUGAGCUGUCGACAUACAAUGAAGGAUAGGUCGGUUUUUAUCUCGAUUAUAUGCACUUUGUUAUCUAUCUAGCCAGUGGCCAACCUUCUGUUU